ACUGUGGUAUCCCAGAAUACAUGUCGGACGGCAGAAGGUGACAUUACAUUUCGCAUCUGAGCUGCUGGUAUUGAAAGCGGUAACAAAUAUAUAUAAAAGGGAUCAUGUCCUCCAUAGUGAGGGCUGGGGCAGUCAUUAGAGCUGGAGCACAGCUGCUUAGACGGGGACCGCAGAGGGUCGGAGUCAGAAAUGCUGGUGGUGGUGCCCACAUUGAGGCCCAGUAUCGGCAGUUCCCACAACUGACCAAGAACCAGAACUUCCAGGCAGAGCUCCUCAGCAGCGUAAUGUGGUUCUGGAUUCUCUGGCAUUUCUGGCACGACUCUGAUGCAGUGUUUGGGCACUUUCCAUGGCCUGAUGCCUCAAAGUGGACUGAUGAAGAGUUAGGAAUCCCAGCUGAUGAUGAGGAAUGAAAAACAUUGCUUAUUAUGCCCACUGUGGCUCAGAAGAUACCCCCACCACCAUUGGACAGUCUUGUAUUUAAAUUAAUAAAUACCUUUCUGGUAAAAUAA